AUGUACGGCGCCCGGCCAGGUUACCCGCCGCCGGGCUACAUGCCAGGCUACCCACCACCGCCGGGAGCCUAUCCGCCCGGCUACCCUCCUCCGGGUUAUCCACCGCCUCCAGGGUACGGUGCGCCGAUGCCGCCGCGGCCGCCGGGUCCCCCCGUGCCCCCGUCUGGCCCCGUGCCGCCGCCGGGACCGGCGCCGCCAGCUCGGCUGCCCCCUGAGCGCUCGUGCACGCUCUACAUUGGCAAGAUCCCGGCGGCGGCGGCGGACGCCUUCAUCGCCGAGCUCCUGUCGUGCUGCGGGACGCUGAUGCAGUGGAAGCGCUCGGUGGACCCCGAGUCGGGCCAGUCCAAGUCGUUUGGCUUCUGCGACUUUGCGACGGGCGAGGGCGUGCUGCGCGCACUCCGGCUGCUGCCCGCGGUCCGGCUCGGCGGCGCCGACCUGAUGCUCAAGGUCGACCAAAAGACGCACGACUUCCUGAAGGAGUACGAGCCGCAGCGCAAGGCGGCGCUCGCCGCGCUCAAGGGGACGCCCAGCCCGGCCGACGCGACGCAGAUGCUCCCCGGCGCCGACGAGGAGAAGGACCCUCACGCCACGGCGCGGCUCUCCGAGAUCACGCAGGCCUGGAACGCAACCUACGCGCCCGAGGAGAAGGACAAGAACGCACAG